AUGGUGGGAAUUAUUGACGAGCCACAUCUGUUUUAUCCGCUGGGGACACGCAUCAAGAUAUCCGAAAACUAUGGCACAGUGCGUUAUGUGGGAGAGCUAGUCUGCAGGCGUCGCUCUUUGAGGUCGUGGGCAUGGACAAAAAUCGCUCGAAAGCAGAGCAAGUUCGAGCAGCUGGCGGAGAUAAGCGUAGAUCAGACGCCAGUGAACGCUGCCGGGUACUUGAAGGAGCUGACACAGCUGACUACGCUGAACGUAAGCCACACCUUGAUCUGGAACUGGGAGACUGUGGCCAGCAUCGCGCAGCAGUUACCCUCCUUGACUAGCCUGAACCUGAGCUCCAAUCGACUGGUUCUGCCCAUGUCUUCCCAAAUCUCUGAUCUGGAGCCUGCCUUCCGGCAGCUAAAGCGCAUCAAUCUGCGCAACUGCGGCUUCACCGAAUGGAAGGACGUGAUGCAGACGGCGCUGCUUUGGCCUAAUAUUGUGUCACUGGGCCUGCAGGAGAACUCUUUCGGUCAGCUUGCCGAGGUCGAUCGAAAGAAGAUCUUUAGGCAGCUCCAGGAGCUCGACUUGCACCGCACGAAUAUAAUAGAUUUUGACCAGGUGGCGAAGUUGGGCAACUUGACGACGUUGCGCUUGUUGAAUCUCAUGGAGAACGGCAUCGAAGAGAUAAAACUUCCUGACUGUGAUCCCCAAGAAAAGCUUAAUAUGUUCGCCUCUCUGGAACAGUUAAACCUUCUUUACAAUCCCAUUUGGAACGAAGCCGAUGCUUUUAACGAGCUUGACAAGCUUCCUCAGUUGAGGCGCCUGAACAAGACGCCACAUCUGAAGUCCAAUUUUGAUGAAAUGGUCUCCAAGGCCGUUGCUAGCAUUAGCGGAAUAGAAUUUAUCAACAAGGCCCUGGUGACAGCGGAGGAAAGACGUGGUGCCGAGUACGAUAUUUGGAAGAAGUAUGCCCCGGACUGGAUGCAAGCGACGCAUCAAGGAUCGGAUUCGUUGCGUGAGUUUAACCGGAGGCAUCGCACUUAUCAUUUGCUUGUUAAAAAGUAUGGUUCUCCAAUAGACUUUUUACCACCCAGCCAAGCGAAACGAUCGAACUUAAUUAAGGGCAUACAGCAUCAGCUGACGGGCGAAACUUGGGAUAAAAAAGUUCCGCGAAUGAUUACUGUGCAAACUCUGCAAGGAUUGGUUAUGAAGCGAUUUCAAUUAGGCGGUAACGUUCCCCAGCUGUGCUACGUUGAUGCCCAGCACCCUGAUCUGGUUGUUCCGCUGGAUAACAAUGCAAAAACGCUGGACUUCUAUUCUGUACAGGAGCACGACACGGUUUUGGUACAAUAGCGUCCACGUGUUUUACCUUGGAAAUUAAUUCCUUUUUCGUAUUAAAAUGAUGUAUUUUAGUUUUAGGCGAUCGAAAAUCAAA